CUUGUCUCCCCAGAUUCUGUCUCUCGAGUCGGGCACUUUCCAUCUUCCAUUCCACCCCGAUCUUCUCUUUCCAUUCUUACCCACGGUGAUCGCCAAUCAUCCACUCCGAGGGUCUCUUCUUGCUUAUCCCUUUUCCUGAUACCCCACUGAUCAAGCACAACCCAUUUACCCUCCUCCCACCAUGGGUUUUGAAACAUCCGCAGACCACGGGGAGAUCUCCCCGGCGGUCGCGCCAUUCCCCCAGCACUCCAGCCAGGAGUCCGUCGGCUUCGAGAAGCCGACCCCGAUGGCUGUCGACACUCCCAUCCCCAGGGUCACCCUCCGUUCCUUUGCCAUGAGUAUGUUCGUUUCACUGGGUGGUCUGCUGUUCGGGUAUGAUACCGGUCAGAUCUCCGGUUUCGAGCAGGAGAGCGACUAUAUUCGUCGAUAUGGCAUGCAGAAGGCGGACGGAGAGUGGUACCUCAGCGAUGUCCGCUCCGGUCUGCUCACUAGUCUGCUGUCCAUCGGUACACUGAUCGGUGCCCUUGUUGCCGCCCCCAUCGCGGACCGUCUGGGUCGCAAGUGGUCGAUCACCCUCUGGUCCUUCAUCCUCAUCAUCGGGUUGAUCGUGCAGAUCUCCGCCCCCUCCGGCAACUGGGUCCAGAUGGUCAUGGGACGUUGGACCACCGGUCUGGGUGUCGGAGCCUGCUCUCUGCUGGUCCCCAUGUACCAGGGUGAGAGCGCCCCGCGCCACAUCCGUGGUGCCAUGAUCAGUUGCUACCAGCUGUUCGUCACCAUUGGCAUCUUCCUGGCCUACCUGAUCAACCUGGGCACCAACACCCUGCACGGCACCGCCCAGUGGCGCAUCACCCUGGGUCUGACCUUCCUGUUCGCCCUCGCCCUCGGUCUCGGCAUGGCCAUGUUCCCCGAGUCCCCCCGUUUCGACUACCGCCACGGCCGCGUCGACCGCGCCCGGGCCACCAUGGCCAAGCUGUAUGGCGUGCCCGAGAACCACCGCGUCAUCCUCGAGGAGCUCGACGAGAUCCAGAACCAGCUCGAGGCCGAGUCCGCCGGCCAGAAAUGGCACGAGUUCCUGACCGCCCCCCGCAUGUUCUACCGUGUCGUCCUGGGGAUGACCAUGCAGACCCUGCAGCAGCUGACCGGUUCCAACUACUUCUUCUACUACGGAACCACCAUCUUCAAGGGCGCCGGUAUCUCCAACAGCUUCAUCACGCAAGUCAUCCUCGGCGCCGUCAACUUCGGCUCGACCUUCGGCGGUCUGUACAUCGUCGAGAACUACGGUCGUCGCAAGUCCCUGAUCAGCGGUGCGCUCUUCAUGUUCGUCUGCUUCAUGAUCUUCUCCUCCAUCGGCCACUUCAUGCUCGACGUCAGCGACCCGGAGACCACCCCCAAUGUCGGCAAGGGCAUGAUCGUCGUCGCCUGCUUCUUCAUUGCCGCCUACGCAAUGACCUGGGGCCCCAUGGUCUGGGCCAUCACCGCCGAGCUGUACCCCUCGAAGUACCGUGCGCAGGGCAUGGCCCUCGCCACCGCCGCCAACUGGCUCUGGAACUUCCUGAUCGGAUUCUUCACCCCCUUCAUCACCUCCGCCAUCGACUUCGCCUACGGCUACGUCUUCGCCGGCUGUCUGUUCGUCGCUGCCUUCGUCGUCUACUUCUUCGUGAUCGAGGGUAAGGGCCGCACCCUCGAGGAGCUCGACUGGAUGUACGUCAACCAUGUCAAGCCGUGGAAGAGUGCCGACUAUGAUGUCCCUCCGCUUCACUCGAGACAGUUCGAGGGUGAGGAGCGCGCGAGGAAGGAGAGUGCCGCGUAUCACGCUGAGAAUGCGUGAGUGAGUUGAGUGUUUGCGUACGUCCGGUACGGCUUGGAUGGGGUCGGGUUGUAUAUCGUGCAUAGAUACCGGGAGUUUUGGCCAUCGCAUGCUUUGGGUUCUUGAUUGAUUGAUGGGAUACGUGAUUGUGAUUUGAUGUGAUCUGACCGAUUGGUAGGGGAGUAUGAUAUCCGUACUGCUAUGUACAUGAUGAUAACUAUUUUCUUCUUGUUUCAAAAUUCUUUUAUUUGGUGCAGUGGAUGACGUGAUAGUUUUGUAAUUUAUCAAUUUAUGUCUUCACUUUUUA